AUGUCAAACGGAAGGUCGGAAGAUACGGAAGUAGAUUUCAAGGAGAUCAGCUUGGAUCAACCCAUUGAUACUCCACAUUCCGAGCAAGUAGACCCGAAUUUGAAUCAGAAUCUAGGUGUUACUGAAAUAAAUGAAUCAUUAGAAGGCGAUCGCAACAAUUUCAGUCCUAAUUUCUACGAAUCAGGCUACACUUGGCAGUCAGAGAGGUGUGAACAUGAAAGAUCCAUCUCAGAGUCUAUACAGUUUCAAUCAAAUUUAGAUUCACAAAUCAGUGAGAGAGUUAUACAAAGACUAGACUACGGCUUUAAUAACGUUGAUGAACCGGAGGAAAGCGGGAGUUCAGAGACCACAUCCACUCAUUUGGGCGGCCCAAAUUACAAUAAUUUGGCCAACUAUUCCACUGACGUUGAAAAGACUGGAGAAAACGGUUUAAGAAACUCUGAUAACUCGGGAGAUGAGUCUGGGAACAGUGAAUCAGCUCCAUCGCGUUUCAGGCAAAUACCUAUUCGGGACGAGGCUGAGAUGAGUAAAAUUCACAGGGAAGCUCUGAGACUGAUGACAGUGGAAUCGGAUGAAGAGCUCUCAGAGUCGUCAGUAUCUGGAGGAGAAGAUAAAGAGGACCGGCUGGGCGACGAGCCGCCCGAGUACAACCUCUCAGACCAACAGUCCCCGGACCGAUUAUCAGAACCUUCCCGGGAUUUGGGAUUUUCGGACAUAGACCUGUCGCCGAAGAAGGAACUCAAGGCAAAACAUCGCAAAAAGCAUAAAUCGAGCUCAAAAACAUUCGAGUCUAUUUUCCAAAAAUCGUCCAGCGGCAAGUUAGGGAAAACGCAGAAGACCAAGACCACAGCUGCUACGACCAGCCCUACGGCAAAGGAAAACGUAUUCGUCACCACCAGCACGAGCUCCAUGGGCAGCUCGAAGAAGAAGGAAAAGAGUCCGACCUGGACGAACUAUGAGAUACCGAGUAAGCCGGGGAGGAAGGGGCCGACGCUGGGCGUCUUCUACGACUCGGUCAAGUCGUCGAAGACGUACCAGAGGGCGGAGAGCGGGAAGGACCAGAAGUGCAUAGUGCUCCAGACGCCGGACUCGCUAGAGCGGUACCUGCACCCGUUCCAGGUGGUCUCGAACUACUACCAGAACACCAACUACAUCAAGUACUACAACAAGAACGCGGGCGACGAGGACGGCCUCAUGAACAACUACUACUUCAUCAACACGAUGACGCAGCGGAAGAGCCUGCUGCCCUACUACGUGACUAAGACCAUAUUCGGAAACGUUCCCGGGAUGGGCAGGGUGCUGGUGUGCGGAACUCAGUGCGGGAAGAUAAUCUUCUACUCGUUCUUCAGCCUCGACGAGCUGCUGGUGCUGGACACGCGCACGGUCUACGACAAGUACCUCUCCAGAGACAACUCGAUCGACUCAGAGAGCGGGUGCGACAUGAACAGGGCGAUAGACUCGACGCUCUUCGAAGUGAACUGUUUGUCGCUGAUAUCUACCUUCCACAACUACAGCUCACUGCUCGCAAUCGGGAACCACCUGGGCCACCUGCUACUGUACCAGAUACCCAAGUUGCAGCUGAUUAAAAUGAUCUACCCAGUCAACCUGGGCACCACGACCUCCUUUACCCCAAACAGCAGCAUUAACACGCUUUCUAGCACUCAAAGCCACAACUCGCUCAGCAGCCAGGAGAGCAUAGUCACUGAUACCGAGGAGGUGCUGAUCGACGAGUUGGAGCUGCUGAAGAUCAGGAGGCACAAGAACAACACUGGCGUGAACAGGGCCGAGAACGGAGUGGUCUCCGCCGACGACGACGUCGUCUUCAUAUCCUGCCUGGGGAGCUGCGCUGCCACCGGGGACCUGUGGGUGGGCUACGGCAACGGCAACUUCGCCAUCUACUCGCGCGCCUUCAAGCUCAGGCACUUCUGCAACUCGAGUCACCUGAGUGAGGGCAGCGCCGCCAACAUCACUCUCGACCAGGGCGUCUACAGCGUCAACGCCUUCGAGUUCUGCAACCACGAGCAGAUCGUGCUCGUGCUUUACGGCAACGUGAAGGUCGACAUCUUCACCUUCGAGGGCGCGUUCCUCAGCACCAUCAGCGCGACGAGGCUCACCAACAACGCCACGCCCAUAUCGACCAUCCACGUGUCGAACUCGCGCGCCAGCGGCAGUGUUCUUUACAUGGGCCUGAUGGACGGCUCCCUGCUCGUGAAGCAGAUCGUGUACACCACGAGCGCGUCCAACAACGGCGGCAGCCCUGCGAAGGACGCCAAGCCGGGCUGCGGCGAUGAGGACCGUGGUCUCGUCCAGCUGCUCAGCAACAACAUCGAGUUCGUGCUCCUGUACAACCUGAGUUACAGGAUCGACGGCGAGCUGAACUUCGGCGCUCCCGUCACCAGCAUUUGUCCCGUGCCCUCUCAGCACCUUGUACUACUAGGCAACGCCUCUGGAGGCUUAUCCGUGAUAUCCAAUUUGGAUGUUUAA